AUGGAUGAUCUCGCCGAUGAGCUGCCCGAAUCCUCUCCCCGGUUUAUCCUCCUGAGCUACCCCUUGACCCUGGCUUCUGGACGUCUCACGGUGCCGUACGUUUUGCUCUACUACCUCCCUGAGAAUUGCAACCCGUCCAUGCGGAUGCAGUAUGCUGGUGCAGUGGAGUUGAUGCGCAACAACGCUGAGGUACAGCGCGUGAUUGAGGUCCAUGAGGAGGAUGAUAUUCUUUGUAUUGAGAAGAGGCUGCAAGGCGAGGAUUAG